AUGUUUUCUACGAAUCGCUUCUUCGGUCUAUCAUUUAUUGCUGGCUUGGUGGCUUCUGUCAAUGGAGACAUUACUGCCUCUGGCACCAACUUCUCCUUGAGCGGUGCUGAUGUCUCAUACCGUUUCCACGUUGACCCUCGCUCUGGAGAUCUCAUCUCAGACCAUUUCGGUGGACCUGUCGACGAUUUCACCGAUCCUGCUACAAUCUCCAAUAGCGGAUGGUCAACAGGUCUUGACAAUGUUGGGACACCGGGUCUGACCAACAUUCGUCGCGAAUUUCCGGAUGUCGGUCGCAGUGAUUUCAGACUUCCUGCUAUUCACAUUAGUCAUGCCGAUGGUGACACCGUCUCCGCUUUCACAUACCAGAGUCACGAGAUCGUGCAAGGCAAGCCUGCGCUUCCUGGUCUUCCUGCGACUUUUGGAAAUGACGGAGAUGUGACAACGCUGGUGGUGACACUCUAUGACAACUACUCGAACGUCUCUGCUGCAUUGUCGUACUCAAUCUUCCCCGAAUACAAUGCCAUUGCUAGAAGCUUCCAGAUCACCAACAAUGGCACCAACAACAUUUCGAUUGAGAGAGCAGCCAGUUUCAGUACUGAUCUGCCCAACCUCGAUCUCAAGAUGCUCGAGCUUCAGGGUGACUGGUCUCAUGAGGCCAACAGAGUUAUCAGAAAUGUCGACUUUGGCGAGACUGGAUUCAGAAGUACCGAAGGAUACUCAUCUCACGUCCACAACCCAUUCUUUGUCCUACAUGACCCAACCACAACCGAGACCACUGGUGAAGCCUGGGGAUUUAAUCUCGUCUAUACUGGCAGUUUUGCUGCGACCGCCGAGCGCUUCUCUCAUGGAUUUGUCCGCGUUUUGCUUGGUCUAAACCCUCUCCAUGCUAGUAUUCCUGUUGGGCCUGGCCAGACUUUCCAAUCACCUGAGGCUGUCGCUAUUUACUCUUCCACAGGCCUUGGAGGCAUGUCCAGAUCUUUCCACGACUUGUACCGUAACCACCUUUCCAGAUCCAACCACACUUUUGAGACCAGACCUAUUCUUCUCAACUCGUGGGAAGGUCUAGGCUUCGAAAUCAACGAAACGUCGCUUGAGAACCUUGCAAAUGAGACGGCCGGACUUGGCAUCAAACUUUUCGUAAAUGAUGAUGGCUGGUUUGGCCAAACACCUUAUGCUCGCAUCAACGAUACCGCUGGACUUGGCGACUGGACACCCAAUCCUGACCACUUCCCCAACGGCUUGGCUCCUUACACCGAGACUGUCGAUAGUUAUGCAGUCGCAAACUCUAGCAGUGACCUUGCAUUCGGUAUCUGGGUCGAGCCUGAGAUGGUGAAUCCCAACUCUACCUUGUACCACGAGCACCCUGAUUGGGUCAUGUAUGCCGGCAACCAUGUCAGAACCUUGACCCGCAAUCAAUUGGUGCUGAACCUGGCACUCCCAGAGGUUCAAGACUACCUCAUCAACGCCAUCUCCAAUGUCAUCAAGUCUGCAAACAUCUCAUAUAUCAAGUGGGACAACAACAGAGCCAUUCACGAAAUGUCCUCACCUGCUGCCGAUUACGCUUAUACUCUGGGCAUGUACCGCGUCAUGGACAAUCUCACUGGCUCUUACCCAGAGAUCCUUUGGGAAGGCUGUGCCUCUGGUGGCGGUCGCUUCGAUCCAGGUAUCCUGCACUACUACCCCCAGUCCUGGACGUCCGACAACACCGACGCCGCGGAUCGAUUGACCAUUCAACUCGGCACUUCCCUGGCUUAUCCACUUUCGUCCAUGGCCUGCCACGUCUCCGCUGUCCCCAACGGUCUCACCGGAAGAAACAUCUCCAUCGAAUACCGCGCCCACGUCGCCCUCAUGUGCGGCUCCUUCGGCUUCGAACUCAACCCCUCUGAACUCUCCGCCGACGAACGCGACGCAAUCCCCUCUAUCAUAUCCACCUGGGAACAAAUCAAUCCCAUCGUCAUCUCUGGCUCCUUCUACCGCAUCGCCUGGCCCAGCGAUACCAACUGGCCUGCUGUACAAUUCGUGUCCAAAGAUGAAAACACAGCGGUGGUUUUUGCGUUUCAGCAAUUUGCAAAGAUCAAGCCAGCUGCGCCGUCGUUGAAGAUGCAGGGGUUGGAUGGCAAGGCGAGGUAUUCGAGUAAUGCGUUUAAUGGUACGUUGAGUGGGAAUACGUUGAUGAAUGGGGGUGUCAAUUUGCCGUGGAUGGUUAGGGAUUAUCAGAGUAUGUUGAUUUGGCUGUAUAAGGAGUAA